ACCCCCGCCCGGCACAUGCGCUUCCCCGGUCGGUCACUGUGCAGCGCUGCAGAUCCCACGGCUGGACUUCGGCUCAGUUCCCGGGAUGAAGAGUCGGCCGAGGUGGCACCGCACGGACACGGGGUCUGCGUUCCACUCCCAUCGGUUGAUUUCCCCCUUGACGCCACUUCUAACUCUGCGGCGAGUCAAAAUAUGGAGAAUGGAAACAAUGCGAGAGGAGGUCUGGGUAAUAGGUUCGUAUCCCAUCCAAGGCUCACCCAUGAAAAGGUUCUGUUCCUGCUCCUGACCCUGCCUUUGGCAGUGGCCGUGGUUGUGCUGGGAGUAAGAUGCAGUGGAGAGGUUCCAGUUGUGCCUGCAGCUUCACAGUUGCUGUCCUGUCCCUGGGAUUGGGUCGGGUACCGCGGGGUCUGCUCCUGCCUGUCGACAGAUAUGGGGACCUGGGAGCAGGGCCAGGAUUGGUGCUCCAAGCUCGGGGCCUCCCUGGCCGUGCUCAAGAAUGAGGAAAUGGGCCUCCUCUUCCUCCUCAGGGGUGACGUCAAUUACUGGCUCGGGCUGCGGAGACGGGGUGAGCAGCUGCAGUGGGGGGACGGCAGCAGCUACAACUCCUCGGUCCCUGUCCUUGGCAAUGGAGAGUGUGUGUACCUAGGUGAUGGUAAACUCAGGAGUGGGAACUGCUCAAAUCAGCAGCCAUAUCUCUGCAGCAAACCCCAAACUCACCUGGCACAGAGGUGAUGGAGAAAGAACCUUCUCCAUGCUGGGCACUCACAGCUUUUCUUCUUCCCCCAAUGAAGAGGAAAAUAACGUUUAUUCUCCACU